UUCCUCCAUUCCUCCAUAUUUGUUAUGAUUUCCGGGUACUCCAUUUCGUCGUUGCUCGUUGUUGUGUUGUCUUUGUCUCUGUGUCAAUUCCUCCCCUGCUUAUCCACAUACCAUAAUGAAUUGCGAACAGCAAUCAUUUGAACAUAUUCACGCUUGGCUGAAUUCCCAAUCGGGAGAUGGUUCAACAUUCUCGGAAUCAUCUACCAACAUCCAUGAAGAGCCGUCAUUUAUCCUGGGUAGUGAUGCUGCCGAAGAAGAGGAAGAAAGAAGGAGACGUAAAACUAAAAAUGGGUGGGGUUCAAAAAAAGAUGUUCUAAAGGAUCUCCAGGUAUGCAGUGAUUUUACAACAGAUGAGCCGCAAGCACAUUUAUUGGAAAGAACAAAAGAACCAAGUGAGCCUGAUUAUGAAGAACACAAGGAGUCAUGGAAUAAUUUCGAUCAUAUCCAAAAUUUGUUCCAAACCAAAACGGCAAAAGCGUGGGCUCAACCAGCCCCACCACCAGCGCGAGGCAGAGCCAGGGGUCGUGGUAGGCUCCUGGAAGACACGCCCGAGCUUCUGGAACAAAUUGGGGCCAAGAAGUUCCAGAACGAAGGGAUUGAAAAGUAUGUUCGCGCUAAUGAAAAAGUAAUUGAAUCAGACUCUUCCUCAAUAGAAUCAAAUGAUUAUGAAGAUGCUGAGGAUCCAGAUGAUCCAGCACCCUCCAAAGUUGGGGAUGGAAUAUCUUCGAAAGGUAAAUCCAUUCCUGGGAAAGCCAGGGUACUUAAAGGUCAAGCAGCUGCUGGCCUAGUCGCAAAGCCAAAAUCCUCGAAACCGGCCAAGAAGCAAGAUAAUGUUUAUGUUCCUCCGCACAAGAGAAUCCCUGAAGAUCCAACCCCCUCGGUUAGAGAAAAAAUGGCUUCGGAAGAACCAUCAAAAACUAUCAUAACAACUGAACAGAAGAAUAAAUUAUUUAACAUUACAUCAAAAUCAAAACCCAUCUCAGUCGUGGCUAGGCGCAAUCCAUUAGUCCUUAAUUUGGUAAAAAAAUGUAAAGACCAAGGAGAUGUGUCUGAUGAAGAUCAAGAGGAAAAAUCGGUUGAGGAAGAAUUAUCACCCCCGAAUACCCUUACCAAGAAAUUGCUUGAUGAUGUAACGAAAAAGGAUCCAUACUUCAACAAUAGACACCUGGAUGUAGAUGUGUUAUGUUCAAAGCUCACAGAUCUUAAAAAAGCAGAGAAUAACUCUCCCGAUAGUUGCUUGAAUUUUUCAAGUAGUUCUGAAGCUGAACUUGCCAUGGACGAAUACUCCAGUGGUUUUAGCGAUAAUGAUUACACUUAUCAAAACACCCGGGCUUCAAAUGCUCUGAAGGUAACGACGAUAACAGCUGAGGAAGAUGAAGAGGAAGACUCCUGUGCCCUUGGAGUCAGGUCGGCAUACAAACCCAGCGAUUAUGGGGUUGAUGGGUAUCGCUACACAACAGCAAGAAAGGCAAAGACUCCACCGAGGACUUUCAUCAUGAAGCAAGAAGACUUCCCCUCUUUAUAAUAGUGAUGACCGUAAUCUACAUUUGGGUUCCACUGGAUUUUUUUAAUUAUUGAGCUUAUAUAUCAUAUACUUACGAGCUUUAUAGUUGUUUCAGGUUGUUUUAAACCAGGCUACAUUUGGAAAUCAUGAACUAUAAGUGCUGACAUUUUUUACUGUCCUCAGGAAGUCCUUUUACAUGUUUUACUACUUUUAUAUCCUCUUAUAUUAACUUUUUGAUCAUGCACUUGAGAUAUUUUCCUCUUUUAUCUGAACAUUUCUCAAGCUCAAAUCAUUUUUAAUAAUUUUGGAAUUAUUUCACCAUUCCAAACGUUUAUACUCUUAGAUUUUACCUAGUUUAGACUCAUUGAGCCUUAAAAACUGACUAACUGUGAUAAAUUUCAACCUAACAAACCCCCUGUACAAUGACAGUAUUUUGAACAAAAAAAUUCCAACAAUUCCUAGCAGGAUUGAAUAAACCUUAUCAGUUUCAGCCAAUGGGUCAAUUCUGCUCAGUGUUCGAAAUUCACCCUUAAGUUUUAGAAGCCAUUUGGCGCAUCAAGCCCGAUUUUUAGGCGCCAUUCAAGAUUUUUUAGGGGCCAACUUGACUUUUUGCCUAUAUAUUACGGCACAUUUAGAGAAAAGUUAGACGCAA